CACAGUUGCAUAGUUUCGUGAGUUGCCAAAUCAUUUAUCAGCCACUUUCUGAAUUCUAAAGACAUUGUCCCACAAGAUAAAUGGAGGAGUCAGAAAUAACACAGUUUGCUUUAAAGAUACCAGGUGGAGGUGGCACUCCAAUCAGGGGGAAAUCUUGCUUUGAUAUAUGAAUGUGUUCACUUGAUGUGGCAGUGGCUUUAGACACCGCUCUCUGAAGCCACGGACAUGUCAUGGUGGCAGCCCUUCCCCUUCUGCUGGUAGCCUGUCCCAUGCUUACAAAACAGAGAGGUACAUGGGGUGGGGGGGAGAUAACUCAAAAGUCAAAGGGCUAUAAAAGAACAAAGUUGCUAGGAAGCACUAACACGGGUGUCAUAACUCUUUUCAGGUAGUAGGUGUAACCUUGAAGAAAAAGUGGCACUGUCUUCAAAAAAGUGACCUGACCUUGGCUUUGGGAAAAGGCUCUAGGGCGGCAGAUAAGGCUGUUGCCAUGGUGAUGAAGGAGAUACCGAGGGAGGAGUCUGCUGAAGAAAAGCCCCUCCUAACUAUGACAUCACAGCUGGUGAAUGAGCAGCAAGAAAGCAGACCCCUCCUGAGCCCCUCCAUCGAUGACUUUCUCUGUGAAACCAAGUCGGAGGCAAUAGCAAGGCCAGUAACAUCCAACACUGCUGUGUUAACCACAGGCUUAGAUCUCCUUGACCUGAGUGAACCCGUGGCACAAACCCAAACCAAAGCCAAGAAGUUGGAGCCCUCGUCGAAAACCUCGUCCCUCAAGAAAAAGGCUGAUGGAUCUGACCUCAUCAGUGCUGAUACUGAGCCUCGAGCCCAGCCGCUCCGAGGCCCAGAGGCAUCCUCCCUAGACUUAGAUAUUCAAACACAACUGGAAAAAUGGGAUAACGUGAAGUUUCAUGGAGAUCGAAAUACCAAAGGGCAUGCGAUGGCAGAGAGGAAGUCAUGUUCAUCUCGAACUGGGUCAAAAGAACUCUUAUGGUCCUCUGAGUACAGAUCUCAACCAGAACUGAGUGCUGGGAAAAGUGCCCUCAACUCUGAGUCAACUGCAGCACUGGAAUUAGUGCCUCCAGCACAGGCUCGACUGACCAGGGAACAACGCUGGGGAAGUGCAUUACUUUCCAGAAAUCACUCCUUAGAAGAGGAAUUUGAAAGAGCAAAAGCAGCAGUGGAGUCAGAUACAGAGUUUUGGGAUAAGAUGCAAGCAGAAUGGGAAGAGAUGGCCCGAAGAAACUGGAUCUCUGAAAACCAAGAAGCCCAGAACCAAGUUACAAUAUCAGCUAGUGAGAAGGGAUAUUACUUUCACACGGAAAACCCCUUCCAGGACUGGCCUGGAGCAUUUGAGGAAGGCUUAAAGAGGCUGAAGGAAGGAGACCUACCAGUCACCAUUCUGUUCAUGGAAGCAGCCAUCCUCCAGGACCCUGGAGAUGCAGAGGCUUGGCAGUUCCUCGGGAUAACCCAGGCGGAAAACGAAAACGAGCAAGCAGCUAUUGUCGCCCUCCAGAGGUGCAUAGAAUUACAACCCAACAAUUUGAAAGCUCUGAUGGCGCUGGCUGUGAGUUAUACUAACACCGGGCACCAGCAGGACGCCUGUGAAGCUCUCAAGAACUGGAUUAAGCAAAACCCAAAGUAUAAAUACCUUGUGAAGAGCAAAAAGGGAUCCCCAGGGCUUACCCGGCGAAUGUCUAAGUCUCCAGUUGACAGCUCUGUUCUGGAAGGUGUAAAGGAAAUUUAUCUGGAAGCUGCCCACCAAAAUGGAGAUAUGAUUGACCCAGACCUACAAACAGGCCUAGGGGUACUAUUCCACCUGAGUGGAGAAUUUAACAGGGCGAUCGAUGCAUUUAAUGCUGCCUUAACUGUCCGGCCAGAGGACUAUGCGUUAUGGAACCGCUUGGGGGCGACCCUGGCGAAUGGAGACCGCAGCGAGGAGGCGGUGGAGGCGUACACGCGUGCUCUCGAGAUCCAGCCCGGCUUCAUCCGGUCCAGGUACAACCUGGGCAUCAGCUGCAUCAACCUGGGCGCCUACAGAGAAGCAGUCAGCAACUUCCUCACUGCCCUCAGUUUGCAAAGAAAGAGCAGGAACCAACAGCAAGUCCCUCAUCCUGCCAUCUCUGGGAAUAUCUGGGCCGCCCUCAGAAUCGCACUUUCCCUGAUGGACCAGCCUGAACUCUUUCAGGCGGCUAAUCUUGGUGAUUUGGAUGUCCUCCUACGAGCUUUCAACUUGGAUCCUUAAAGGAGAAAAGAAAAAAAAGAAAGAAAAAAGAAAAACAUGCAUCAAAAGACUAGCUCUUCAUGUGUGUAACUUUUACUGAGAAAUGCAGAACUCUUUUACUAUUGAUUUCAAAAAGGAUAAACCAGAUGUCCAAAAGGCCACAGUGGUAGAACCUGAGGAAACCUCUACAGACAAUGGCCAGUCUCUGCUCAGAUCCAAAAGCACAAAAUGUUAUACGUAGAGUCACAGUGGGGCUGGGAAGGAGAACUGAGAGCCUGAGGACAAACCAAAAGGAAGUAACUGUGUGUGUGUGUGUGUGUGUGUGUGUGUGUGUGUGACUCUGUGUGUGUGUGUGUGACUCUGUGUGUGUGUGUGUGACUCUGUGUGUGUGUGACUGUGUGUAUGUGUGUGUGCUCUUUCUGCAGGUUGCAAGCAUAGUGCAAAAUGUGUUGUCCUUUCUUGCAGCUCAUGACACCUCUAAAGAACUAACUCAUAGGACACAUGAAGAAUGCACUGCCUCAGAUCAGGGAAUUCUGGCUGUUUCUGAACUGUCACUUGUAAUUCCCCUCUUUUGCUCGAUUGAACAUAAUUUGGGCCAAGGUGCAUGCACUUAUAUUAACUCUUGACUAGAGAGAGGCAUUGCUUAAUCCUGUUCCAAUUUUAACUUUUACUGUAGUCCUCUGAUUCCAGAAAGGGAGCUUUGCUGGCAAAAGCAGUUUUUGCACUAGAAAUUUUUGCUGUUCCCAAUCCAAACUUUUCUGGGGAUAUAUAUACACUUUAAUAUCUUAUUUAUGCCUUGCUGGAGUUUUGUUGCUCCACUUUUUAACUUGAAGGUAAAAGAUUUGAGAAUUCAGACUUGUUAGAUCAAUGGACCAAAUAAAAUUUCCUGAAAAUGGUUUUUUCGUAGUGUAGGGUUUUGGAGAAGUGUUUUUUUUUUUCUUAAAGCAGCAGUUAUGAGAUAGGGUAUAAGUAUGUCAGACACAGAUCUUGCUCACAUACUCUCUGUAAGUACAUGAAUUUAAGCAAGAGAUAAGCUUUUACUGUACAUUCUCUGCAGGGAGAAAGUUUGAUAAUAUCAUGAUUUCUAGUGAAUUAACAUUAACUUGCUUCAAUGUCAUAUUUUACUUGCUUCUGAAAUGCCCUGCACUCCAAUCUGCCUUUUUAAGUGCUAAUAUUUUGAAUAGUAUUUCUUAAGUGAUAACUGUUUUCCUAAGGAAAAAAAAACUGUGUUCUCUUAAUUCCACAAUAAUAUGCAUUGCUGACCCUUUUGCAUUUUAAGUGGAUAUUUUCUAGCGAAAAUCUCACCAAGUAUCACCAGUUUAAUCAGAAAUAUUUAUGUCCCUUUAGCACUCCUUCUGAACAUUUAUCAAAUAUAAAGAAUUCAUAUUGGAAGUGGUAUUUUAUUUAAUUGGCUGCAUUCCACUCAGUUUUUCAGAGUGUUUUGUGUCUGUUGAGAGCUCUGUGUUUGUUUUUUUUUAAAGACAUGCUGUUUUUUUAUUAGUUUAUUUAUUUAUUUUAAAAAAGGAGACAUUAACAAAAUCGAGGGAUAGGAGGGGUACAACUCCACACAAUUCCCACCACCAGAUCUCCGUAUCCUAUCCCCUCCUUUGAUAGCUUUCCCAUUCUCUAUCCCUCUGAGAAUAUGGACCCAAGGUCAUUGUGGGAUGCAGAAGGUGGAAGGUCUGGCUUCUGUAAUUGCUUCCCUGCUGAACAUGGGCGUUGACAGGUCGAUCCAUACUCCCAGUCUGCCUCUGAAAAACAUGGUUUCUUAAAGCAGUAGAAAAAGUGUUUGAAAAAUACAGAUCAAAAUGUAGUUUGACCAAUGUCCAAAUCUAGUCAUUUGUCCUUGGAACUUGUUCCAUUUUUUUAUUUUUUAUUUUUUUAUUGUUGUAGUUAUUGUUGUUGUUAUUGGUGCCAUUGUUGUUGGAUAGGACAGAGAGAAAUGGAGAGAGGAGGGAAAGACAGAGAGGGGGAGAGAAAGACAGACACCUGCAGAUCUGCUUCACUGCUUGUGAAGAGGAGGUGGGGAGCUGGGGGCUCGAACCGGGAUCCUUAUGCUAGUCCUUGCGCUUUGCACCACAUGCGCUUAACCCACUGCACUACUGCCCAACUCCCCCUUUUUUAAAAAUUUUUUUUAUCCUGUCUCCUUCCUCCAUAAUCUUCUCCAGUGUAACCUGAUUUCCAAUUUCCCCCCCCACAUGUUCUUUGGUUGGUUAUAAAUGGUUACACUUACGAUUAUAAUCGCCAAGCGAAACAGCAUUUAGGUUUGACUGAGGAGCUGGCUUCUCGUGAGAGUUUGUAGGAGGAGAAGGAAGACACAUACCAAAAAACAUUGAAACUCUCGGCAUAGGUAUAAAUCCUCUCCUUUGAUAAAGUCGCUGGGGUCAGAAGUGAUCUAAUACAAACAUGAACUCACACAUCCUUGAAGCUCACAUGUUACAACCCACUCUGGUUUUGCUUUCUUUUUGAUUUUCCUCCAUUCUUUCCUUCCCACCAGGAUUAUUGCUAGGGCUUGGUACCUGCAUAACUCCAUCAUUCCUGGCCACCAUUUUUUUCUUUUUUGGGGGGGGCGGGGGGAGGUUUGAGGAUGAGAGACAGAAAGCUAAAGAGGAUAAAACAUAAAAGGAGAGACCCUGUAGUACUGCUCCCCUGCUCAUGAAGCUUCCCUCUUGCAGAUGGGGACUAAGGGCUUAAACCUGGGUCCUUCAGCAUGCUAACAUGUGCACUCUACCAGAUUCACCACCACCCGGCCCCCCAACCUGUUCUAGCUUAUACAGACCAAGAGUUGAGGACACUGCCAGAGUGCAGACUUAGACAGUCAUUGUCUUACUGGGAAGGGAGGGGACUACCUCCCUAAGGCACGACAGGGCAGAGGCACGAAGGUGUUGUUCACCAUAAGGCUGUAGAGAGAACUCAAGACUCGGCCUACCUUGACCUGACCAAUCUCAGAAGCACAGAACAACUCUGCAGUCUUUUCAAGAAUGGUAUCCUUUAGAAUCUGAGAACCCUAACAAUGCAUCCUGGGAAGGAUUCUUGGAGCCAGACAAGCAUCUGCUCUCUCUGUGUUCCUGCCUUCUUCUGCCCCUGCACGUUUCUGAGCUGGCCAGCUGACCUGACUUUACCCCAGAGGGGCCUCUGAGCACAGGAGGCAACACAGAAUUCACAGGUGUUUUUGCUGAUGAUACCAUUCUAGCUUUUCUUUAUUUUUUUUUAAAUAUUUAUUUAUUCUCUUUUGUUGUCAUUGUUGUUUUAUUGUUGUAGUUAUUGUUGUUGUUAUUGAUGUUGGUGUUGUUGGAUAGGACAGAAAGAAAUGGAGAGAGGAAGGGAAGACAGAGAGGGAGAGAAAGACAGACACCUGCAGACCUGCUUCACCGCCUGUGAAGCGACUCCCCUGCAGGUGGGGAGCCGGGGGCUCGAACCGGGAUCCUUACGCCAGUCCUUGUGCUUUGCACCGCCUGUGCUUAACCCGCUGCGCUACCGCCCAACUCCCCCAUUCUAGCUUUUCAACACUCACUAAAUUUUCAGUAAUCAUAAGCUGGUUUCCUAGCCUGGUUGACACUAGCAAUGUACUGUAAAGCCUGACAGUAAAAUAAAUGCUGGAGAUAUGA